CCACCUCCUCCAGUUCGACGUGAAAGGUUACGUCGUCGGCCCAGCGUUCCUACCGUCGUCGAAGAGCCAAAUACUGCCCUUCCUGUGCUGAUCUCACUUCCAGCACCUGGUGCUGUUUCAGCUCCUCUCACUGUCGUGGUACCUGCUGAAGCUCCUCCUGAUCCUGCUCCACAAGCGCCUUCUACUGCACCUGCUCCUAUACCAGCUGCAGCAAUUCCUCCUCAUCCACGGGAAAGUGUAGAACAUCCACCUCCACCACCGCGGCGAACUGUAGUGCCAGAAAACUUGGCUGCUAGUCGUGCCGUCUCGUCAAACAUUCCCACACAAACAAACAAUAUUCAAAAUGAAGCAGUUCCUACUUCUUUUGGUUCAAGUCAAGCGUCCGCUGGGCCAGAAGUGCCCGAAGUGGGGCGGGGGACAACUCAAGGUAUGCAGCAAGUGCCUCUACCAAGCCGCAAUAGUGCACAAACACACUCCGUUCUACCUCCACACCAGUCCGUCCUUUUCCAAGAAGUCCCUCUAAGUACACCAGCAGCACCUGCCCAAGCUCAGCCGAUUGUCCAACUACCAGAAGAAAUGCCUCCACUCAACACACAACCAGCUACACCACUAGAAGGAGAGCCAAACAGACCUCAGCUAGUACGAGAACAACCAGCAGAGCAAGGUCGACAGGCUGCAGCAGGAACCGCAACUGUUGAGAACAAUCGGCCUGAAAAUGCGGGGAACAAUGAUGAGGCACGAGAACGAGAAAGACAAGCCGAUGAUGAGAAUGUCAACUUAAUGUAA